AUGAAGUUUUUCCUUCCCAGUGUUGCUCUCGCAGCUCUAGCUGCCGCCUCGCCUACUGGCUCCGACGGCUGCAAGCCAGCUACCUACCGCUGUGACCAUCACACCCAGACUGGCCAGCCGGGCUGGGAUGUCUGCAACACCAGCGGACAGUGGGUGUUUGCUGGGUACUGCCCACCGAAAACUAUUUGCAAGUUCGACCGCCAGAAUGGCAGCCCCUACUGCGUGCCUCCCGGCUUCCAAAUCCCUUAG